AUGGGCGGAGGAUCGGACACAGAAGAUGAGAAACAAAUGGCCUAUCAAAAACUCACUUUGGUGGAAAGAAUCGGACCCGAUGAGGCCCGACGACUUCUUAUGGACGACGACGACCUCGGUUCUCUACCAAAAGCAGACGACGACGAAAAAUCCGUGCGUUCCGAGCAACAGUCCGAAAAAUCCGCAAUUUCCCAGAAAUCCCAUCAAUCAUCGAAAUCCCUCCUAUCAGAAAAGUCCACUGCAUCGCUCCGAAGUACCAAGUCCAACAUUUCCGAGGCGGCUUCGAUGAAGUCCAUGUCCUCUCAGAAGUCUGGAAUGUCAGAAAUUUCUAUCAAAUCAGGCACUUCUAUCAAGUCAGGAAUUUCUCAAAUAUCCGGGGUCUCUGGUGUCUCGCAGACGUCCCUUCGCUCUGGACGAUCGGAGCUCUCCGGGAUCUCUCAUAUUUCUGGUCUUUCAAAGGCCUCCGAAACUUCUUCUCGAAUUUCCGCCGCGACGAAUAUCACCACUGCAUCCGAACGAUCCCUUCUCUCCGAAGUCCAGCAUGAAAACUUCUACCCCGACGAGAUUCCAGAACCCUUCCAGCAGACAGGCAAAGGCAAGAAAGAAAAGCGAAGAAAGCCGCGAAAAGUGUUCGAAAGCGAGUCCGACUGUGAAUCGGAAAAGUCCGACAUUUCUCAUCGUUCGGAAGCGUCUUCUACAGCUGAAUCUACCGCAGAAUCGGCGAUUUCAGCUCAUUCCCGAUCCUCCCUCGUAUCGCAUUUGAGUACCAAAUCCUCUGGAACUGACAUUUCUGACUCCUCGAAAAUUGCGUCUCGUUUUGCCCGCGGUCCGCUGGACAAAAAGUCAGACAUCGAAGUCAGCGUGGCGACGGACAUCACCUCCGAUCAUCGAACUUCUAUGGCGAUGAGUUCCGCCGUUGAAUCUGACUCGAUGGUUUCAGAAACAGAAACUGAAUUUGAAGACGAAGAUCUUAGCGAAGUCAGAGCUGGGUCGGCGAUUUUGCCGAACUUGUCCAUUUGCAUCGAUAGAGACGAUGAGCCGGGCUAUGAAAUUUGCUUCGUCAAGAUCAAAGAUGAAAGCUCAGGCGAAUCCCCAACGAAAGUGGUGAGAAACAACAUGAAAUUGGCGCGUAUUUCCGAGGAAGAAUGGAAUAUCGCUCGUGGAAUCCCAGUUCUUGGUUUGGGAAUCGACAAGCACUCGCCUUCCGAACUCAAGAAACAACAAGCUCGAGCCAAGCGAUUCGGACUCGACAUCAACAAGAACAUGGAAGAAGGCGAAGUCGACGACGAUGUUAUCAACAGAGUUCACGAAGACAUCAUCAAGGAGUACUCAAAACGCGUUGAAGAACUGAACGAAGGGCUCAAUCUCGAUGAAAUGGCCGAAGGAAAAAUGAUUAAAGCGUCGUCUAUUACUGUCUUUGGCUGCAAAGAUCUCAAUACAGAGCACUUACUGAACUAUUUCAAAACAUAUGCGCCCGACAAGGUUGACUGGGUAGAUGAUGAUAGAUGCAAGCUUCUCUGGCAUGAGGAAUCAGCUGCUGUUCGUUGUAUGAUAUCUUGUACUCACACUGCCAUGGACCUUGCUGGUCUUCAAGCAAAAGCCGCCGCGCUUCUCAAAGAUCGAGCGAAUAGCAAGAACAAGAAGAAGCAAAACGGCGACACGAUUAAUUUGACGGAAGAGGAGGAAGAAAUGGACCUCGAUAUUGCGUCUUACUGGCCAUUCGAUGGAGACUUGAGCGAGCCAAGAGACUGCGUCGAGAUCAUGGUCAAAGACGGCGAAAAAGUGAAGCUAGCGGUACGAUCCUCCCUCGAAUCCGAUCAAAAGAUCAGAGGAGCGCAGUCCAAAUCCAAGUACUACGUGAAAUACGGAAAUCCCAACUAUGGUGGCAUGCGUGGUCUACUUACGAAAACUUUCAAGCGAAGGUACAACUACAAGAAGACGCGUGAAGAGAUCCGAAAAAUGGGCGAAAGACUUGGAGUCAAUCUGAAGGCGCAGGAAUCCGACUACAAUCCGAACCAGGAGAAGUUGGAUUCGAGCAGAGCAAGAGCUGAUGUGGAACUGAUUAAUUCUACCGUUGAUGAAAUUCCUGAAGCGAUUCCCGUUGAUGCUUUCAAACUUCCCGCCGCUCCGCUUUACUCUGACUCUGAAUCGAGUUCUACGAAGGGAAGUGUAUUCGGAAGACGUCUGUACAGCCAGUCCGAAACCUCUGAUUCAGAAAUCGACAUCAAAAAGUCCUCUCGUAGCUCCUCUCGAAGAGGAUCCAUCAAAGACCGAUUGGGAUCACUCACGCCAAAGAAAGAAAGCAAGCCAGAGAAGAAACGCAACGAACUUACUGGACUCACCAUCACCCUGUCACAAAACGCAAACGACAAACGCAAGAAAUCUGAAGCCACGAAACGAAAACGAAGCUACGAGACGAUGGAAUCCGAUUCCGAUGUGUCCGAAGCCUCCUCCGCCCAGUCCUACAGGAACCAAGACCGCCGUGGAUCCAAAUACUCCGAGUCUGACUCUGAGUCCGUCAAAUCUUAUGGCUCUAAUGUUACUUCAUCCUCCGCUACUUCUGCCGCUUCAUCGCGAAUUUCAACGAGCUCUGAGGCCUCGAAAUACGGAAAGAAAAGAAAACCUAUCGACCCUUACGAGUCAGAUUCUUCUGUCACUUCUGGACACUCUGCCACUUCGUCCAGAAUUUCUUCUUCUACUUUCAACAGGAGCAAUUCUGAAUACGACUCCGACACCGCGCACUCCGAUUCUGCCCAUUCCGAAGUUUCCUACAUUGGCCGCCGCGAUUCCAAACGAGCAUACCCCUCAGCGACGAUCUGCAAAUUGGCAGUUGCCAAGAAUUUAGCUGCGCGGAAGAGACCGCUUUUUGGACCUUCUGGUGGAAAGUUCGACAAGAGAAAACUUGAUCAUAUGAACAUGACGAUUGAUGUUCAUGUUGAUCGCCGCCGAAAACCCUCUCAAUCCUCUGGAAUGGAGACAGAUUAA